UAAAAGGCCCACAGAAUUAAAUGCCUCACAGAGGAACGUAUUCAAUCAGCGCAUAGCAACAUCAGAAAGGUUUUACAGUUAUGGGGAUAUUAGAUAUCUUCCUCCAGUCCCCCAGUUAUGUCUCAGUGUUAGGGGCUCUGGUGGUCCUGGUGCUCGUCUACAUUGUUUCCUCUUCCAGCUUCAGCUCCCAGGGAGACAGAAAAGAGAAGGAACCUCCAGGACCCAGACCACUUCCCCUGCUUGGCAAUCUGCUGCAUAUGGACCUAAAGAGACCCUACAACACAUUAAUGGAGUUUUCUAAGAAAUAUGGAUCAGUGUUCACCAUCUACUUGGGACCUAAGAAGGUGGUGGUCCUGGCAGGAUACAAGACAGUGAAGGAGGCACUUGUAAACUAUGCUGAUGAGUUUGGAGACAGAAGUGAAAUACGAAUUCUGCAUGACUGUUCUCAAGGAAAAGGUGUUAUAUGGUCCAAUGGUGAUUCAUGGAAAGAGAUGAGGCGCUUUGCCUUGACAAACCUAAGAGACUUUGGAAUGGGCAAGAAGGCAUGUGAAGACAAAAUAAUUGAGGAAUGUGAGCACCUCACUGAGGUGUUUAUGAAAUUUAAAGGAGAAGCUUUUGAUACAACCAAACCAAUAAACUAUGCAGUCUCUAAUAUUAUCUGUUCCAUGGUCUAUGGCAGCAGAUUUGAAUAUGAUGACCCAGAGUUUACAUCCCUGGUAGAUCGAACAAACAGAAAUAUCCAGCUCUUGGCGACCCCGUCAAUACAGAUGUACAACCUGUUCCCCUGGUUAUUCAAAUGGGUUGCACAUAGGAAGGAAUUCAACAGUUUUUUUGCUGCCAACAGGAAACAGAACUUAGCGCUGUUCAGUCAUUUGAAAGAGACCCUCAAUCCACAGAUGUGCAGAGGUUUUGUGGAUGCCUUUUUGGUCUGCAAGCAAAAUCUGGAGAAAUCUGGGGUUACCAAUAGUCACUUCCACAGUGAAAAUCUUUUGAUGACAGUUAUUCAGUUGUUUGCUGCCGGCACUGAUACAACCUCAAGUACGCUAAGAUGGGGACUUCUACUUAUGACCAAAUAUCCGAAAAUACAGGACCAGGUCCAGGAGGAAGUGAACAGGGUGAUAGGAGGUCGUCAGGUUCAGGUCGAGGACAGGAAGAACCUGCCCUUCACCGACGCCGUCAUCCAUGAAACACAGAGACUUGCCAACAUUGUGCCCAUGGCAGUGCCUCACAGAACCAGCCAAGACGUCACUUUCCAGGGUCACUUUAUUAAGAAGGGAACCACAGUGUAUCCUCUCUUGACGUCUGUCCUGUAUGAUGAGACAGAGUGGAAGAGCCCACGCACCUUUAAUCCUGCCCACUUCCUGGACAAAGACGGAAAGUUUGUCAAGCGAGAUGCCUUCAUGCCUUUCUCUGCAGGUCGUAGGAUUUGUCUCGGAGAGGGUCUGGCCAAGAUGGAGCUCUUCAUCUUCUUCACCACACUCCUGCAACACUUUCGUUUCAGUCCCCCACCUGGAGUUUCAGAGGAUGACCUGGAUCUGACUCCACGAGUGGGCGGCACCCUCAACCCUUCACCUCAUAAACUGUGUGCGGUUUCAAGGAUGUGAGGAGGAGCAGCCUGCCCCAGUUUCAUCAAUUCAUCUCAGUUAAACGUUAAAUGUGCUCAAAAUGUUCAACGCUACUGAUGUAAAUGAUCAUUCAUCAAUCAUUUUCUGUCUCUUUUGGACACCUGGGCUUGUGUCCAGUAGGUUACUCAGUAAUCCAUUCAUGUCUGGUAGGAAAGGCAGACUGAAUUUGUAUUCAUUUUUACGUCUUCUCAGUAUUUUGUGUCUCUCAUUGUAGAAACAUUAUUAACAUUAUUUGAUAUUUUUGUAUUUGAGCUUGGUACAAGAUCUGAUUACAGAAGCUGUUAUGUCAGUAAAAAAAAAUAGUAAAGACUAAAUACACCAGAAAACCCAGCACAGCCUCUACUGUCUGCAGACACAUUUCAAAGUCCAUUCUAUAUUCAGGCCUGAUGUAACUUGACCCUUGAUUGUUUGAACAUUUUUGUUAAUGUUUAUGUUGCAGCUCUGCCUAAAAAUGACAACUCAUUCCUGAACACCCAAAGACCCAUUUUCUGCAGACACUCGGCAUAGACAGUUCCUGUAAUAUUACACUGAGAACAAACACUAUAGUUAUACAGUAGAACCUCUGUAGAUCAUUAAAGAUGAAGCGCAGAUGGAAACAGGGUCCAAAUACAAGUCUGACAACAGAGAAAAAAUGCUUCAGCUCACUGUAAAGUCACUUAAUCAUACAAGAUAGAUAAGAUAUGUCACUAUAGGAAUAUCAUUAUGAUUAUUAUUGAUAUAAUUAUAUUAAUUAGAGGCU